CUCUUCCUUCUCUAUUUUUCCAUUUGCACCAUCACACCAGGGGAAAUUAUGGAGAUGAGAAAUACUACCCCAGACUUUAUUCUCCUAGGACUCUUUAACCACACCAGAGCCCACCAAGUCCUCUUCAUGAUGCUUCUGGCCACCGUUUUGACCUCCCUGUUUAGCAAUGCCCUCAUGAUUCUCCUGAUUCACCGGGACCGCCGGCUCCACACGCCCAUGUACUUCCUCCUGAGCCAACUCUCCCUCAUGGACGUGAUGCUGGUUUCCACCACUGUGCCCAAAAUGGCGGCUGACUACUUGACCGGAAAUAAGGCCAUCUCCCGCGCUGGCUGUGGUGUGCAGAUCUUCUUCCUCCCCACACUGGGUGGUGGAGAGUGCUUCCUCUUAGCAGCCAUGGCCUAUGACCGCUAUGCGGCUGUCUGCCACCCACUCCGAUAUCCCACUCUCAUGAGCUGGCAGCUGUGCCUGAGGAUGACCAUGUCGUGUUGGCUCCUGGGUGCAGCUGACGGGCUCCUGCAGGCUGUUGCUACCCUGAGCUUCCCAUAUUGCGGUGCACAUGAGAUCGAUCACUUCUUCUGUGAGGCCCCCGUGCUGGUGCGUUUGGCUUGUGCUGACACUUCAGUCUUCGAAAACGCCAUGUACAUCUGCUGUGUGUUAAUGCUCCUGGUCCCCUUUUCCCUCAUCCUGUCCUCCUAUGGUCUCAUCCUCGCUGCUGUUCUGCACAUGCGCUCUACAGAAGCCCGCAAGAAGGCCUUUGCCACCUGCUCUUCACAUUUGGCUGUGGUGGGACUCUUUUAUGGAGCUGGCAUUUUUACCUAUAUGAGACCCAAAUCCCAUAGGUCCACUAACCACGACAAGGUUGUGUCAACCUUCUAUAGUAUGUUCACCCCUUUACUAAACCCCCUCAUCUACAGUGUGAGGAACAGUGAGGUCAAGGAAGCCCUGAAACGGUGGCUGGGGACAUGUGUAAACCUGAAACACCAGCAAAAUGAGGCCCACAGGUCAAGAUGAUCUAGUGUCAAAUGACUCUAAGUUCCUGAAUUUAUUAACAUUUUAACACAUUGUAAU